GUGGUGGGCACCCCCCCCCAAGCGAGCACAACUACAAGCAAAAUGAACUCGACCGUUGACAUGAGCCUUAAGGACACCGUUGGCAAGCUGCCGUGGCAGGAAUGCGACAAGCUCAUCUGCAAACCCGGUACGCUUUUUGAGAUCGAGGAGAUCAAGAUUAAGGGCAUAACGCAGCGCUCAUGGAAGAACCAAUACCCGUCGUACCGCGCCAUGAUUAUGGAGCGGAUGCCGAAGCAUGGGGACAAGGUGAUGCUCGACGCGCCUCGCCCUGACCCCGCCCCCGCCGGCGAGCGCUACCAAAUCACGCACGCGGAGGCGUACCGGCAAGCGCUGGAGGUGGGAGCGAUGCUUCGUUCCCGCGGCGUCGGUUAUGAGGACCAUGUCGCCAUCGUCGGCUUCAACUGCAUCCCGUGGCCGAUCGCAUGGCUUGGGUGCCAGCUCAUCGGCGCUGUGCCCAUCAUGGUCAACAGCUCUCUCGUGAUGGACUCGAUGAUCCACUGCCUGAAGAUCACACACCCAAAGAUCAUCCUCACAGAUGCUGUCAGCGCUGUCGCACUGACGCCCCAUCGCUCCCAGCUCAAGGGGCUCAAUUGCGGACCCAUCGUGUCCUGGCAGCCUCUUGAUCACCUCGAUGGUCCCAAGGACAUCGAGGUCGUUGACUUUUCGAAGCUCAGCAGGCCUGCUAUCGUGGCCGACAUCGAGGCUGGGCGCGGAGGCGGCCUCGAGAACCUCGGCCCCGACUCGAACGCCACUAUUUUCUUCACCUCCGGCACCACUGGAUAUCCCAAGGCAGUGCUGGCGACACAGCGCGCCAACAUGCACAACUUUGUCUCCUCGAUGUUCUCGGCGAUGCGCGCAGGGAUCCGUGCUGGCGCACCCCCUGACGCCGUCAUCAAGAUGGUUACUGGGCCGCCCGACGUGGACACCGUCGGCCUGCUCGCUAUCCCUUUCUUCCACGGGACAGGCUGCGUGGGGUGGCUAGGCAAGACAUUACACGACGGCGGGAAGCUUGUGCUCAUGCGUCGCUGGAGCGUCAAAGACGCCAUCAAGCUCAUCUUUGAGCACAAGAUCAAUCUCAUCGGUGGUGUGCCGUCUAUCGCCGUGGCGAUCAUGCAGACCAAGGCCCUUCCGCCUGACUACCCCAUGAAGGGUGUCGCGUACGGUGGCGCCCCUCCACCCUCUCGUCUCGCCCACGACAUCCGCGAUCAGUUCCCCACUGCGGCGGGGAGUCACGGCUGGGGUAUGACGGAGACGACAGUGCUCCACUGCCAGCACAUUGGACCAGACUACUACGCCAAGCCGAAGAGUUGUGGGCCGCCCGUGCCUAUCUGCGACGUGCGCAUCAUUGACGAGAACAAGAACGUCCUCGGGCCUAACCAAGUGGGACAGAUCCAGGCGCGUGGGCCCAACAUUAUGAAGGAGUAUUACGGCAACCCCAAGGCGACAGCCGAGGCGCUUGAUGACGAGGGCUGGCUCAGUACCGGUGAUGGCGGAUACGUAGACGAGGACGGCGCGCUGUACAUCGCAGACCGGAUCAAGGACAUGAUCAUUCGUGGCGGGGAGAACAUCUCGUCGGAGGAGGUCGAGAAUGCGAUCUACUUGGACGACCGGAUCGCCGAGUGCGCAUCCGUCCCAGUGCCAGACGACUACCUCGGCGAGCUGGUCGCCAUCGCUGUCAGCUUGGUGGAGGGCAAGAAGGCUACCCCAGAGAGCAUCAUGGCCGCGGCAGAGAGCAGGUUGCGCCGUGACGCGCGCCCUGUCUUCGUGUAUGUUUCGGAUCAACUUCUGCCCCGCAACAUCAAUGGCAAGCUCGUCAAGGCCGACAUAAAGAAGACGGUCCAGGCGGCCUAUGCAGCGCACAAGUCGCGUGCCAAGCUUUAAAUAGGGGUAGAGAGCAGCCAUCGGAAGUCACUAUGCACAUGUACUCUAGCG